UUCCAACCAACCACGGAACAGUUAUUUCUCUGCAGAAUAAUUGGCUUGUAGGAAGAAAGAAGCAGAAAACAAAACGCGUUCAUCAUGUGCGACGUGGUCUGACAGCGUCCUUUUCAGAAACCAGCCUGAGAUAAGAACUGCUAGCAGCUGACUCUUACUUAAAGGAUAAAUGAAGAAGCAGCAGUAAAGAAGUUGUAGUUGUUGCUUUUCACAAGUAGGGAGCUGUAGUUUGACAGUGUUUCUAGAAUACUUUUUCUAAUUUUCCAGACAUUUGUGUUCCAUUAUUUGUACUUUCUCAGUGUUUGUUUGAAGAAUUGGCUAAAUGAAUAUAAAACAUAAAAAUGUGUAUCAGCAAACCCAAGCACUUCUAUACAAGAAUUUUCGUAAGAAAUGGAGAAUGAAAAGAGAAAGCUUGUUGGAGUGGAGCUUUCCAGUACUUCUAGGACUGUAUAUGGGUCUGUCUUCAUAUUUCACAGAAAAUGUCCAGCUUUCUGAAUUGCCUCCUCUGGAUCUCGGAAGGGUAGAUAAAUUGAAUAGGUCUACCAUAGUUGUGUACACACCAGUUUCUACUACAACCCAGCAGAUAAUGAAUAAAACAGCACUCGCUCCCAUUUUGAAAGGAAAAAAAGUCAUUGGAGUAUCAAACGAAGAAAACAUGGAUGAAAUACUUCUAUAUGAGUUUCCAUAUGCUGUGGGAGUCAUCUUUAAUGACGCUUUCUUUUAUAAAUUAAAAUUUAUUCAGGGAUAUUACAUUCCAUUUUUGGAAAAAGAAGAUUUUUCAGCUCAUUGCCAAUUUAAAUAUGGUGAUAUUAUGUGUUCAUUGACCAGAUACUGGAAUAGAGGAUUUGUGACUUUACAAACUGCCAUUAAUGCUGCUAUUAUAGAAAUCACAACAAAUCACUCUGUGAUGGAGAAGUUAAUGUCAGUUACUGCCACAAAUAUGAAGACGUUACCUUUUCUUUCUAAAGCACGUUUUCAAAAUGAGAUGUUUAUUUUAUACAGCAUGCUGUAUUUCUCUUCAUUUAUAUAUUUUUUAUCACUCAAUGUUACAAAAGAGAGAAAACAGUAUAAAGAUUUUAUGAAAAUGAUGGGCCUACAGGAUUCAGCAUUCUGGCUCUCCUGGGGUUUAAUCUAUGCUGGCUUCAUCUUCAUUAUUUCCAUAUUCAUUACAAUUAUCAUCAUGUCCACUCAAAUCAUAGUCAUGACUGGCUUCAUGGUUAUAUUUACACUCUUUUUCUUAUAUGGCCUAUCUCUGAUAGCUUUAACAUUCCUGAUGAGUGUCUUGCUAAAGAAAGCUGGCCUCACCAAUUUGGUUGUGUUUCUCCUUAUCUUCUUUUGGGGGUGCAUGGGAUUUACUGCAUUUUAUAAACAACUUCCUUCAUCUCUGGAGUGGAUUUUGAGUAUUUGCAGCCCCUUUGCCUUUACUGCUGGAAUGACUCAGAUUAUCCAUCUGGAUUUUAACUUAAGUGGUGUAACUUUUCCUGACCCUUCAGGAAACUCAUAUAUUAUGAUAGCAACUUUUUUUAUGUUGGCGUUUGAUGGUCUUAUCUACUUGGUACUAGCAUUAUACUUUGACAAACUCUUACCCUAUGGAGGUGAGUGCCAUUAUUCUCCAGAAUUUUGCUUGAAUUCAUCAUCUUGUUUCAAACAUGAAAGGACUGAUAAUCAGGUCACUGAGAAAGAAAUAGAUUCUGAGCAUCUCCCUGAGGAUUGUUUCGAACCUGUAGCUCCUGAAUUCCAAGGAAAAGAGGCCAUCAGAAUCAGAAAUAUUAAAAAAGAAUAUAAAGGAAAGUCUGGAAAGGUGGAAGCAUUGAAAGGCUUGCUCUUUGACAUAUAUGAAGGUCAAAUCACUGCAAUUCUGGGGCACAGUGGAUCUGGCAAAUCUUCACUGCUAAACAUUCUUAAUGGUUUGUCUGUUCCAACAGAAGGAUCUGUUACCAUCUAUAAUAAAAAUCCCUCUGAAAUACAAGACUUGGAGGAAAUCAGAAAGAUAACUGGUAUCUGCCCUCAAUUCAAUGUUCAGUUUGACACUCUCACUGUGAAGGAAAAUCUCAGCCUGUUCGCGAAAAUAAAAGGGAUUCACCAGCAGCAGGUGGAACAAGAGGUACAACAAAUUUUAUUGGAACUAGACAUGCAAAACAUUCAAGAUAAACUGGCCAAAUUCUUAAGUGAAGGACAGAAAAGAAAACUGACCUUUGGGAUUGCCAUUUUAGGAGAUCCUCAAGUUUUGCUCUUAGAUGACCCAACUGCUGGACUGGAUCCUUUUUCAAGGCACCAAGUCUGGAGCUUCCUGAGGGAACGAAGAGCAGAUCGCGUGAUCCUCCUCAGCACCCAGUUUAUGGAGGAGGCUGACAUCCUGGCUGAUAGAAAAGUGGUCAUGUCUAAUGGGAGAUUGAAGUGUGCAGGAUCUUCUGUCUUUUUGAAGAGGAAAUGGGGUCUUGGAUAUCACCUGAGUUUGUAUAGGAACGAAAUAUGUGAUCCAGAACAAAUAGCAUCCUUCAUUAAUCAUCACAUCCCUGAUGCUAAAUUAAAAACAGAAAACAAAGAAAAGCUUGUGUAUACUUUGCCUUUGGAAAGGACAAAUAAGUUUUCAGAUCUUUUCAGUGAUCUUGAUAAGUGUUCUGGCCAGGGUUUGAUGAGUUAUGAUAUUUCUAUGUCGAAUCUGAAUGAAGUCUUCAUACAACUGGAAGAAAAAUCCACUAUUGAACAAGAUUUUGAACAAGCAGAGAUAAGAGACUCAGAAAGCCUAAAUGGAAUGGAGACAGCUCGCUCUUCUCUUCCUGAAAUGCAAAGGACUGUGAAUGACAUGGGCCUCUGGAGAAUGCAGGUCUUUGCAAUGGCACGGCUCCGUUUCUUGAAAUUAAAACGAGAAAGAAAAGCACUUUUGACCCUCCUAUUGGCAUUUGGAACGGCACUGUUCCCUUUGAUUGUGGAAACUAUAUUUAAUGCUGUGUUAAAUCAUCAUGGGAUUGAUUGGGAAUUUAAGAAUGACCUGUAUUUCCUCUCUCCUGGAAAGCUUCCCCACGAGCCCCUUACCAGCCUGUUGAUUAUCAAUAACACAGAAUCAGAUAUUGAAGAUUUUAUACAGUCACUGAAGCACCAAAAUAUACUUUUGGAAGUAGAUGACUUCAAAAACAGAAAUGGUACAGACGCUCUCUCAUACAAUGGAGCUAUCAUAGUUUCUGGUAAACAAAGGGAUUAUAGAUAUUCUGUUGUGUGUAAUACCAAAAGACUGCACUGUUUUCCUAUCCUCAUGAAUAUUAUCAGCAAUGGGAUACUUCAAAUGUUUAAUCAUACACAACAUAUUCGAGUUGAGAGAAGCCCAUUUCCUGUUAACCCUAUGUUACUUGAUACGGGGCUGCCAGAAGGUUCCCUUUUCUUACUUCAUCUUGCAUCCAGCAUGUCUCCCUUCAUCGCUAUGAGCAGCAUCAGCGACUACAAAAAACAAGCUAAGUCCCAGCUAUGGAUUUCAGGCCUCUACCCUUCUGCUUACUGGUGUGGGCAGGCACUGGUGGAUAUUAACAUCUUUGUUUUAAUUCUUUUUUCAACAUAUUUAAUUAUAUAUUUAGUAAACAUGCUUGAGAUUUAUAUUACGCAUCGAAUUGUGCUUGCGCUGAUUAUAAUUACACUUGGUUAUGCGGCUUCUAGCAUCUUCUUGACAUAUGUGAUAUCAUUUAUUUUUCGCAAGAGGAGAAAAAAUAGUGGCCUUUGGUCAUUUUGCUUCUGUAUUGUCUUGGUCAUCACAGCCAACAUCAUUUUAAUGAGCAGAUAUUCUCCGAUUUUCAUAAUUACCAGCAUGUUAUUACUUCCUUCAACCAUUGUGGGUGGAUUUCCAAGCUUUAUAGAUAUGAGAGUGCAUGGAUACUACGAAAUGUUUGAAGAACCGCAUCUCGACCUACUUGAUGUUGAUUUUCUAGUAUGCCUAAUACCUUACUUUCAGGCUUUGCUAUUGUUUUUUGUUCUAAGAUGCAUGGAACUAAAAUGUGGAAAGCAAACAAUGCUAAAGGAUCCCGUUUUCAGAAUUUCUCCCCAGAGUAGAAGUGUUCAGCAAAAUCCAGAAGAACCUGUAGAUGAAGAUGAAGAUGUUCAAGCAGAAAGAAUAAGAACAGAAGCUGCCCUGACCACUUCAAACUUAGAUGAGAAACCAGUCAUAAUUGCCAACUGUCUACACAAAGAAUAUGCAGGUCAGAAGAGAAGUUGCUUUUCAAAGAGGAAGAGGAAAAUAGCAGCAAGAAAUAUCUCUUUCUGUGUUAAAAAAGGUGAAGUUUUGGGAUUGCUGGGACCCAAUGGCGCUGGUAAAAGUACAUCUAUUAGAAUGAUAUCUGGGAUCAUAAAGCCAACAGCUGGAGAGGUGGAACUGAAAGAAUGCAGCUCAGGUUUGGGUCACCAGGGAGAUGGCACUGUCAAGUUCCUGGGAUACUGUCCUCAGGGCAACGUGCUAUGGCCCACCCUGACGAUGAAAGAGCACCUGGAAGUGUACGCUGCUGUCAAAGGGCUGAGGAAGGGGGCGGCCGAGGCUGCCAUUACACGACUAGUGGAUGCUUUCAAACUGCAUGAGCAGCUGAAUGUUCCUGUGCAGAAAUUGACAGCAGGAAGCAAGAGAAAGUUGUGUUUUGUGCUGAGCAUCCUGGGAAAUUCGCCUGUGUUACUUCUGGAUGAACCGUCUACUGGCAUGGAUCCAACAGGGCAGCAACAAAUGUGGCAAGCAAUCCAGGCAACUGCCAAAAACAAAGAACGAGGUGUCCUGCUGAUUACCCAUUACCUGGCUGAGGCUGAGGCACUGUGUGACCGUGUGGCCAUCAUCGUAUCUGGAAAGCUGAGAUGCAUUGGAUCCAUCGAACAUCUGAAAAGCAAAUUUGGCAAGGAUUACAUUCUAGAACUAAAAGUGAAGGACAUUUCUCAGGUGACUCUGGUCCACAUGGAGAUUCUGAAGAUUUUCCCACAGGCUGCGCAGCAGGAAAGGCAUUCCUCCUUGCUGGUCUACAAGCUGCCUAUAGCAGAAGUCUACCCUCUAUCUCAGGCCUUUCACAAAUUAGAGACAGUUAAACAUAACUUUAAUCUGGAAGAAUACACCCUCUCUCAAUGCACUUUGGAAAAGGUAUUCUUAGAGCUUUCUAAGGAGCAGGAGGUGGAAAAUUUUGAUGAAGAAGUCGAUACAAAUAUGAGAUGGAAGCUCCUUCAUUCAGAAGAACCUUAAGACCUUAAGCCAAAUAAUUUGCUCCUGACAUCCUGUAAUAAUUAGCGGUAUAUGUAAUUGCAAAGAGUAUUAGUGUCAAUAUCAGAGGUACUUUGUGUUUAGCCAAUAAAUGAAUAGAUAUUAAAAUUCUCCUUCUCAUACUUAGGGGUGAUAGAAAAUCUGUGAAAAAGGCAAUGCAAAAUAUUGGUAACGUAACCCAAAGAACCAGCCACUAGGUUCUGUGGGAAUAAAACUACACACUUGGAAUGAA